AUGCACAGUGUAAAUGCAGCCAACACAGCAGGUGUGAUUUUUGACUCCAAGCUAAAUUUUGGAAAACAGAUAAAUGCUGUGGUGAGGAGUAGCUUUUUUCAAUUAAGGCAAAUAGCCAAAUUAAAACCUCUGCUAUCAUUUAAGGAUCUGGAGACAUUUAUCCAUGCCUUCAUCUCAUCUAGACUUGACUAUUCAAAUGCACUGUAUAUGGGGCUAAAUCACUCAUCUCUGUAUCGCCUGCAGUUGGUCCAAAACGCAGCUGCAAGGUUGCUUACUGGUGCUAAGAAGAGGGAACACAUUUCACCGGUUUUAGCAUCUCUCCACGGGUUACCAGUGCAUUAUAGGAUCCAUUUUAAGAUCUUUUUAUUUGUUUAUAAAGACUUAAAUGGUGUGGCCCCUUCUUAUCUGUCAGAACUUCUGAGCUAUCAACAAACCCCUAGAAGCCUCAGAUCUUCUGACAAAUUUCUCCUGCAAAUACCUCGCUCUCGCCUAAACUUUAAAGUGGAUCGUGCUUUUUCUGUUGCUGGCCCUAGACUAUGGAACAGUAUACCUCUGGACGUUAGAUCUGCCCCUUCCAUUCCUGUUUUUAAAUCACGCCUGAAGACGUAUCUGUAUUCCUUGGCUUUUACAUUAAUGUUUAUUGAAGACUACAUGGUCCUAAAGGCUCAUCAUACAGAGAGGACAAUCACCAGGGUGAUGCUUCUGUGUAUCCUGCACAACACACUUAACAAGUACUUAACAAAGCAGCUUCUACUCUGA